CGUCUAGAGAUAUCGUGUUGCCACGGCGCAUUGGUUUACUUAGUCGGACGCACAGCAGGUACAUGUUUUGGGCUGACCGCCCUUUACUGCUGGUGUAUAAAAGCGAAGCGGUAAUAUCUCAGUCCAAUAACAAAGAACAUCAUCCACAGUCACUGAAGACCCAUCCUCGAGCGCUACAAUGAAGUUCAUCUCACUCACCACUGUGAUCAUGUCUGCCGUAGUAUUGGUGGGCAUCGUUAAAGCAGACAUCAACCCCAACGGGGGGCCAUGUGCCCAGAACAGUAAAUAUUCAGCAUAUUUUCAAGCUGAUCUCAGACCGCAUACUUACGGGUGCAUUUUGUUUUUCUGCAAUUUAAACAACAUUGUCGAGACCGUUCAAAUGUGCACUUGUAUCGAGUGCUGUUAUGUCGUCAACGGAGGUGUAGGUGACGACGGGUAUGUGCAUUGCACAUAAGAGGAAAGAAAGGGUGAGCCCACUUCUUGCUUGCCGUGUCAAUAAUGUAAGUGAUACCUGAACCAUUGAAUAGGGCGCUCGAAGUAAAACCUACAG